AUGCAAGCCAGGUCACAGCUCAACAGUAGCAACAACACCAAUUUUGUUAUUUCUCAGAGUGAUCUUAACCAAAAGAUUCGUGUCUGUGUUCGUAAACGGCCAUUGAAUAAGAAGGAACUCGAGCGGUCCGAGAAAGACAUUGCUCCUACAGCUGGCGCUCGUAGUAUCAAUAUUAACGAACCAAAGAUGAAGGUUGAUUUGACACGAUACAUAGAGCAACACUGCUUUACGUUUGACGAUGUUUUUGAUUGUGAUGCAGCAAAUGAACAGAUCUACCAACGAACAGCACAGCCAUUGGUCAAAUAUAUAUUUGAAGGAGGAAGAGCAACCUGUUUUGCCUAUGGUCAGACAGGUUCUGGAAAGACAUACACCAUGCUCGACCCUAAGCUGGGUCUCUAUGUCCUUGCUGCCCGUGACGUCUUCUCACUCCUUCGUCAGCCACAGUAUCAACACCUAACAGCCUGGAUUGGUUUUUAUGAAAUAUAUCAGGGCCAGCUUUACGACUUGCUCAAUAGUCGUAAAAAAUUGUUCGCACGCGAGGAUGGAAAACACAACGUGGUGAUUGUCGGUCUCAAAGAAUAUGUGAUUAAGAAUGUGGAAGAUCUUAUGCAAGUAUUUGAGUACGGAAGUCAGGCCAGAAGUACCGGUAGUACCGGAGCAAACUCGGAUUCAUCUCGCUCGCAUGCCGUGCUUCAAAUCUUACUCCGACCCGAGAAGAGUCGCAAAAAAAUUGCCGGAAAAUUGAGCUUUAUUGAUUUGGCAGGUAGUGAGAGAGGUGCAGACAGAGGUGAUGCAGAUGUCAAGACAAGAAUGGAAGGUGCAGAGAUCAACAAGAGUUUACUGGCCCUCAAAGAGUGUAUUCGUGCUUUGGAUCAAGACAAGAGGCACACCCCAUUUAGGCAGAGCAAGCUUACACAGGUGUUGAAAGAUUCAUUUGUAGGCAACUCACGUACUUGUAUGAUUGCAACCAUAUCACCCAAUCAAAGCAAC